AUGGCUGCACUUCUUCAGCUUUUUCUAGUUUUCAAUAUUCUCCUCCUCCUCUUUGGGAGCUCAUCUUUGAUGAUCGUAGUAGGGAACAACGAGACAGAUCGAUUUGCUUUGCUGGAGUUGAAGAAACAAAUUUAUGAUGAUCCGUAUGGAGCACUAAGUUCUUGGAACGAUUCCAUCCAUUUCUGCAAUUGGGUUGGGAUCACAUGUGGAAAUCGUCAUCGACAACGGAUUAUCAGCUUGGAUUUACAAGGGAAGGGCUUGGGAGGUAACAUAUCUCCUUCCAUAGGGAAUCUCACUUUUCUUCGUUCCCUCGACAUUGGAAACAAUAGCUUCCAUGGAAAAAUCCCCCAAGAGAUCGGUAAUCUAAUUCGAUUACAAUCCAUUGCUUUUCAAAACAACACUCUCAAAGGAGAAAUUCCUACCAGCUUGGCCAACUGCACUCGUCUAAGAGAAAUUUGGUUCUCACGUAACAAUCUAUUUGGGAAGAUUCCAAUCGAACUAUUUACAUCUUUGUCAAAGCUGGAGGUAAUUUCCAUUAAUUAUAAUGGUUUAACAGGAGAAAUACCAUCUUCUCUUGGAAACAUUUCCUCCAUCCAAGCUUUCUCUUUGACUGGGAAUGAACUGCAGGGGAGCAUUCCAGAAUCCUUUGGUAAGCUAACAAACUUAUUAUAUCUAUCACUUGGUCUAAACUACCUAUCUGGUAUGUUCCCUCUCUCACUAUACAAUCUCUCGUCUCUCGAAAUUAUUUCCAUUACACAAAACCAACUGCAUGGGGGCCUUCCACAUGACAUAGGCCUCACUCUUCCAAAUCUUAAAGUAUAUUCAUUGGUUUGA